CCCCGAGAAAGCUAGGAUCGCUGUCUCGCUAUCCCCUUUCCUGCGUUCCCGCCCUUCCUCAACACAAUAACGCAGCACGCGUGAAGACGCCCAAAACGCGAAAAUUUUCGCACUACUUUUAAUUAUCGGAAGAUAUCAGGCACGAAAAGGGCAGACUGUUGGUUCGAUCAAAGAAGGGGGCCAUCGCGGACGAGUGGGCUGCUGCCUCCUGGUGCUCCUGCCGUUGCGCGACGCAACCACCCCAACUUCGACUAUGUCUUCAACACCACCAGCUUCGUCGAACACGCGGUCCACACGAUCGCGGUUCUCGAGCCCGCAGGUUUCUACAAACGGUGCAUCCGACUCCUCGUCGAGGACUAAGGGCGGCGGAAACGGCGGUGGCGCAAGCGGGACCGAACGACAAAAAACAUUAGACCAGUGGCUCGAGCCCGCCGUGCAGGUCAAAGCCAGCUACGAGGAAGCCGGCUUCGUGCGUCACCCUCUCUUUAAGGAAAUGGCCCCGCUCGGAACAAUGCCAAAGGCCGGCGUGCCAAAGGCCGGGAUUUUCAAGAACACAGCGCCAACUCCGACCAAAGCGCCUGAGCAGCAGCCGGCACCGGUCCGUAAGAUUGUUCUCAAACAGAAGAAGCCCGCUGUACCGCCUCCUGCGCCGGUAGAAGACGAGACCGAAGGGGACGAGACCGAAGAGCAGGACAGCUCAAGCACGGAGGAGCUGCAGGAUGAGGAGGAGUACGAUGAGGUUGCCAAACAGACGGCGACUAAAAAUGACACCAAGACUCGCACGACGGCUGCGACACAGCGCCAGCGCCGUUCCAUUGCGUCGGAGGAAACGGACGACGAGGAUUGGGCGCCCGCAGCACCGGCACAAAAAGGUGCACGGCGGAGAAGUCUAUCCAGGGCAAGCAGCCAGAGGUUGCAACAGCGUGCAGGGAGUGCAAGUGAAGGACAUCCGCAGACCGAUCGGAAAGCUUUCAUCGGCAAGGUGGUGGAGGUAGCCGUGGACGAGGCCCUCUCCCAUUUCCGGUACCCCACAGCCUGGGCCCUGCGCACCCUGUACGACGAAAAUUCGGCAAACGAGGAUUUUCUCGACAUGAUCGAGAAGGUGUUUUUGCAAACCGCAAACGCCGACAUCCUCGAAGCAUUUGCCCGACUCGUCCAGUCCAGGAAGAAGGAAGGCCGGAAAAAGGACCAGGCCUACGACUACUUCGUGCCGCCGUCCAACAACAGCCGUGCCGUGCAGCCGCCGCCGCCGAAGCGAGCACCCUACGGCAGUCUCGUCAAAUUUGACUUGGCUGGUUUGCGUCCCGAUCGCGGUGGCAGGAAGCCCCAGAAACCGUCGCGGCCGGUGAAGGCGUCAGAACCAGAACCGGAAGCAGAGCCGGCACGGGAGACCAACCCGGAGGCGGAAGGCGCCCCUUCGCGCAAAAAGCGCAAGUUGAGGAGGCAGCACUCCGGGACGUCCUCGUCGUCUUCCAAGAUGACGGGUACCGAUGGCGCCAGCAGCAAGGCCACGACGGAGACUGUGUCGCGGAGACGGACUCGGGCACGCUCAGAGUCCAGCACUUCUUCGCUCUCCAGCGCGCGGUCAUUAUCGCCGCCGGAGGGGAUUGAGGCCGACGCGGAGGGUGAAGAGUUUGAGGACGCCCCUUCGCGCAACAGCCCAGUCCCGGCGCAGCCAAUCACAGCGACGAGGCGGCGUCGGUCCAACGCACCGCGCAAGGGCCGGAACGUGUCACUCUCACGGCCCUUGUCCUCGUCCGCUGCGUCGACCCCUGCGCCGCAACUGCAGGCCAACGCCGCUGCUCCUUCGCAGCAAACCGCGCCGUCACAGCGGCAACCCCGCGCGGAUGAGCUGCCCUCGCCAGAAAGCGAUGUGGAGCAGUACGAGAUGCCUGCCGUGGUCGACUCUCCGCUGUUUCCCAACCUCAGCACCAAGAGAGGUGGGAAAUCUCAUGCUGGCACCCCGGUUCCUGUGCCGUCGUCCGCAGUGGGCAGGUUGGACCCGGCAGACCCCAAGGUGCGCCUCCGCGAGAACGCUCGGAAAGUCACCAACAAGCCCCUCGCGACUAGCAAUGUGAGGGAGAGCUUUCGGCAGACCGAGCUUCAGCGGGUGCACGCCGAGGGGCCGGUCACACCGGUGCCGGCAGCGACGGCGGUUGCAUCUUCGCGACCGCGGGCUUCUCUACCGCCGGGACGCCAGACGCCAGCGCCGAGGGAAGGACGCAGCACGCGCUCCGCCCUCAAGCGGACCCACGAGGAUCUGGACGAGCAGACAUCGCCGACUGCCGCCCAUUUCCCGGGAUCCGAGGCUGCGUCCACGGCGGCAGACUCCCGUGCUGGAACGCCGGCAUUGCGCACGGCGAAGAGACCAAGAACCGGGCUUCGGGUUAAGAACUCGCCGGUCAAGAAGAAAAACGGUGCGGCAGGGAUCCCUCGUCCCAGCGGCGAGCGCAGCAGUCCAGUGGGCAACGGCAUCGCUGGCCAACAGGACGACAACGACGACUACUGCUCGGCAUGCGGCGGUAACGGCCAACUGAUCUGCUGUGACGGCUGCACCCGGUCGUUCCAUUUUCUCUGCGCAGACCCGGUCUUGAUGCAGGAUGCCAUGCCUGUUGAGUGGUUCUGCAAUGUCUGUCGCGCGAACCGCGAUCCUGCGGCCAUCCCUGUUCAUACGGGCGCCUUUUCGCUGUUGCAAGAAAAGCUCGAUAUCAGAAAUUCGAGCGCAUUCUGCCUGCCCCCGAGUAUCCGGGAUCUCUUCGACGGUGUUCGCACCGGCGCCGAUGGCGAGUACGAGGAAAUCGUAGCGCCCGUCAAGCCGAACCGGAAACGGAAGAACGAGGAGGAACAGGUCCCCGACCUCUUCCGCGUGCGCGAUGCGGAAGGCAACGCUGUCAUCUGCCACGCCUGUCAGAAAGGCAGCUCAUCGGACCGCGCCAUCAUUCCAUGCAGCAGCUGCGGUCUUUUCUGGCAUUUGGACUGCCUGGAUCCUCCACUGGCAAUCCCGCCGGUUCUGCGCACUUGGAAGUGCCCCCUCCACGCUGACGAGAUUCUGCCGAAGCUCGUCGCUCUUGGCCCGGCCCAUAAGCACCGGAAACUGAGGAACGCCCCCAUUGUGAGGCCUGCCUUCAGCCGUGGCUACGUCAACAACGGAUACAUCGAUGUCCAACUUGACGAUAGCGACGAUGAGAGCGGCUGGAGGGAUUUGGAGACUUUCGGUCGGACCGUGCGGCUGCCGGAGAAGGGCAUCAAGCUCGACUUUCUCUCUCGCGCCCGCGGCAACGGCGUAGCAAGGCCGAUUCCUUCGCAAAAUGCCACCGCGCUCACCGCACCGACCCCGAUAGAGCAGCGGUCGCUAGAGGAGCAGCAGGCCGCCCUCAAUUUGGUGCAGCUUGGCCGCGGCCAGGAUGAGGGAAUUUCGACCCUCGUCGAUGCGUUAAUUGCCCAAGCCGAUCCGACCGUCAUUGACCUGAUGGCUCGUAUCGACCCCAAUCGCUUGGAGCAUAGCCGGCUCAACCAUAUGGACCUCCAGGCCCUGCGUGCCGUCCUGGCCAGUACAGAGUCGAUGGCCGAGCACAUUCGUCGCCUCCUGAGUUCAGCCACGGGCUCCGGCGCACUGGAAUUCGACGGGGCAAAGAGCCCUGCCUCUCCCGCGACGACGGAUGACGUGCCGGCCAUGACCCAGGGCGAGAAGACCCCGGCCCAAGGCGACCAGUCCCCCGCGGCACCCCUACCUCUGGAAGGCACUGCGCCCAUCGCGAAUGGCAGCCUGCCCGUCCUCCCGACGAAGACGAGCUCCAUUCCGGUGGACGAGCCCGUCGUGGUCGAGGCGAAUGGUGAUGGGGAGAAGGCACUGGGAGAAGGCCCGGAUGGUGCCCCUCUUGAGCUUGAGUAAUUUCAGCUCAUGGAUGAUCACUGAGAGACUACAAGAUCUCUCAGCACCGACGGCUCAUUCUCCCACGACCAGGUAUUACUACGACCUGGCGUGCUACUCAAUACCUGUCACCAUCCCGCGGUUCCGGCGCAACUGCAGCCUUCACGACCUCGGAUCUACAGGAACCCUCCUCGGCCAUCGACCACUCGGGCGGUGAGACACAUGAUGAGCUGGCCUCGGCUACACGGGGCGAAGGGGCCAAUAAGAAUCCGCCUCUGUUUUCAUCUUUUCCUUCCACUCCGCAUUUCUGUUUU